AUCCAUUGUGAAAAGCAGGUGCUAUCCAACUCCCUACAUGUCCCAAUCUUUUGAAUGCACCAUGUUGAUUUGGUUCGGCAUAUUUCCUUGCAGCAUGAGUGGUACAAGUUCAAAUGAACAAAGGUUUAAUGUUUUCCUUAAAGUAUGCAGUAUAGGCCCAGUGAUAUUUUUCAGUGUGAGAAAGUUGGCUAAAGGCCACUCUCCUCCCUCCUGUUAGUUAGUGGUUAAUUAGUUUGUCAGGGUGGGUUAUGACUUGUUAUUUCUCUUCCAUAACAUAUGGCCGGGAACUGCUUUGUUUGGAUACACAUUUACUUUAAUCAUUAUCAUACAUUUUGAUUUAGAAAUGUCAGAGGAAAUACCUAAUUGUACCUGCAUUUAAAUUGCAAGUGUCGGUCAUCUCUGCUUUGAAGGCCCAGCUCAGUGGUGUAGUAGUGGGUGCAUUUAUGCACUUGCUAUUAGUAACAUGAAUAAAUGCUACCUGUCUAACAAGUAUAAUAAUAUCAAGCAUAGCCCUUGCUAUCUGCAAGUGCGGUCAUGUGCAUUGCAAAAAAAUUAUUUUCAGUUUUGUCCUAAGUGCAUCUUGACUAAAUAUAGAAUGCGGUUUUCUGUGUGGAAGUAGUAUGUACUGUGCAUUUGAGUGGAAAUUGGCAUCAAACUCAAACAAACUUAGACAGGUGUGUCCUUUUCCUAACCAUAAGCAAGGAGAUUGCGUCUUCUAACCUGCAUGAGUAAGACAUUCCCUUCUCGUCCAAAAAUGUUAAAGAAUGUUUUUCUAUUCAGCUACCCCUCCUGCCCCAGCUCAGGCAGCUUCUGGCCCUGCAAAGCCCAAAGACAAAGAUGCCAAGAGUGCGCAGGGUUCCUCUGCCCCAAAGGCUGUCCCUGGCAGAAGGAAACGCUCUUCUAUGUCUGCCUCUUCCUCUUCUCCCACCUCACCGAAAUCUACUUCCUCCUCUACCCACCUGUCACCCGCGCUGUCUCCCCUCGCAUCCUCACCUGGCAGCUCUUCUGCUAGUCAGGCUAACCGCUUCACCCCAAAAGUUGUCAAGGCUGGGAAACAAGGAAAAGCUAAGAAAGGAGAGGCAUUUGUGCCUGUUCCUGCCCCUGUGGAAUGCAAGGUCACAGCAGCAAAUGAAAAACCAGUGGAGGCUAACCCCAAGCAAACUAUAGUUGAAGCUAAACUAAACCCGGUUGAGCCAAACAAACCCUCGCCAGCUGCUGCAAAGCCUGUUGAAGCCCCAGCUGCUUUCAAAGUUACUUCAAAGCCUGCUGUGGCAGCUCCAGUUUCGUUUUCAGAUACUCUUGCUUCUGGCUCAGUUGAGGUUAAGACCAGUUCAUCAAAAGCUGCGCCUGUUACUGUAGCUGAUGAUGAUCUUCCUCCACUUAUCCCACCUGAGAAGCCAGUCAAAAUGCCAGUAAGUGUACCCCCUGCUGGCCAUGCAGAGAUUGCCCCUGUUGAGGUUCCUAAGGCAGCACCCAAAUCUGAGAUGGAUAUUAAGCCCAAGUCUGUGCCUGUUAAGGUUGCCAAAGCAGCAGCCACAGUAAAAUCUGCUCCUGCUGAAAGUGCUAAAGUAGCCUCAGCUGUAGCUGUUGAGGCUGCCAAACCAACUCGCAUUGAAACUGCUAAACCAGCAGCCUCAGCCAAAGUUGAAGGUGCUAUGGUGGCACCCCCAAGCAAACCUGCUCCUGUUGAGCCUGCUAAGCCAUCUGUCAAGGACAAACCUGCCCCUGUUGGUGUUCCUAAAUCAAUUGCUAAGGGCAAACCUGCUCCAGGUGAGGCUGCUGAGCCCAAACCUGCACUCAUUAAGGCUGCUAAGCCAGCUGCUGAGGCCAGUGAGGCUGCUAAGCCAGCUGCUGAGCCCAAACCUGCCCCCAUUAAGGCUGCUAAGCCAGCUGCUGAGCCCAAACCUGCCCCCAUUAAGGCUGCUAAGCCAGCUGCUGAGCCCAAACCUGUACCCAUUAAGGCUGCUGAGCCCAAACCUGCUGCUGAGGUUGUUAAACAAGUUGAAGAAACUAAAGCUGCUCCUCCUCAGGUUGCAAAGUCAGAUGCAGCGGUUAAGGCUGCUCCUGUUAAGGUUGUCAAGCCAGCUGCUGAACUUAAACCAGCUCCCACUGAGUUGACCAAGCUGGCCCCUGUGAAGGUUGCUGAGCCAGUUACUGAGGCCAAAUUGGUUGAGGUCAAGGCAGAACCUGCUGAGGCUGCCAAGCUUGUCAAAGCAGCAGUUGAGCCUUCACCUGUGCCCUUAAAACCUGCUCCAGUUGAGCCUGCUGUUCUUGCCCCAGCUCCCCGUAAACUCACAUUUGCUGAGGCAGUUGCAGCGCCUGCCCCUGUAAAACCCGCGGUUGAGGUAAUCGGUACAACUCCUUCUGAACCCAUCUCACCCAAACCUGCCCCCACACCUGCUAAAACCCCAGCCAAAGUGGAGCCUGUGAUCAAGAACGACAAGGGUAUUUUCUUCUUUCUCUUUGUGCUUUGUUUUUCCAAAUGUCACUGCAUUCUGGGAACUGCUCAGAUGCUUAGAUACAUUGUUCUCUUAAAAAGCCAAGGUUGUGAAAUAUACAUUAGCCUUGCUUUAAAUUUUAAACUGUCCUUGUUCAAAGAGGCUACCUAGUUGUUCUGGAGGCUCCUGCGAGUUCUGCUGUUGACUGUCAGCCAUGUUGUGCUGUUUCAAUUGUGCGACCGUGUGAUGUCUAAUGGCUGGUUUUUAUUUAGUUUGUCUAGUGACAUUCUGUAAAUGUGGUAUUGGAUAGGAGGGUAUUGUUUUCAGCAUACUUGAAAUAUGCAGUAGUUUAGAUUUGAUAAAUAGCUCUAAUCACAGAUCUUUCGCAACACUAAGUUAAUGGUUAUUACAGUUCUUGUUAAGCUACACGUUUACAUGAAACUUUACAUGUUAGGUGGGUGUUUCAUCUGAGGUAACAACGAAUAUACUGUUUUGGAUCACUACUAACCCACCCAUUUUCAUUCCCCAGGUUUUAUGCAGAAUAUUUACAUAUUAACUUGCAAGAUAACAUAAAUGCAAUAGGUGGCAUGUACUAACAGAACUUUUCUGUUGGUGGUUU